CCAUCCAUCCCUUCCUACACAUGCUUUUACAUUCCCUCAACGCCUUCUCUUUAGUUCCAUGGCUAGCUUCAGCUUCAUCAUUGGCAUCAUUGGCAACGUGAUCUCCUUGCUAGUUUUUUCUUCUCCCAUAGGGACAUUUAGGAGAGUGGUGAAGAAGAAAUCAACUGAGAAUUAUAAAGGACUUCCAUAUAUAACUACUUUGUUGAGCACAAGUUUGUGGUGUUUCUAUGGACUUCUUAAGCCAGGAGGUUUGCUUGUGGUAACAGUCAAUGGCGCCGGUGCCUUCUUGCAGUUCAUCUAUGUCACUCUGUUUCUCAUCUAUGCUCCCAAGGACAAAAAGGUUAAAGCUAUGAAGUUAGUAGCAAUAUUCAACGUGGGGUUUCUUGGGUUGGUGAUAGCAGUAGCUUUUCUUGCAAUUCAUGGCAAUGUGAGGCUUACCUUCGUGGGAAUUAUAUGUGCAGGACUAACUAUAGGCAUGUAUGCAUCUCCUCUAUCAGCCAUGAGAAAUGUGGUUAGGACAAAGAGUGUGGAGUACAUGCCCUUUUUCCUCUCAUUUUUCUUGUUCCUCAAUGGUGGUGUUUGGUCUGCCUAUGCUGUUCUCGUCAAAGAUUUCUAUAUCGGAGUGCCAAAUGCAAUUGGGUUUGUAUUGGGCUCGGCCCAGCUGAUCAUCUACGGAUUUUACAAGUCGUCAUCCGAAAAAUCAUCAGAGGCCAGGGAAGAAGAGGGCUCGGCCCAUCUGGUUAAAGGGGCUAUUGAAAUGCGUGACUUUGAUGAAGCCGAAGAAGCCCAAAUAAAGAAUAGAAGACUCAACAAAGGCCGAAGCCUCCCGAAGCCUUCUGUUUCCCGGCAAUACAGCAUCCAUAAAAUCGUGAAGGCACUUUCUUUGGAUCAUCCUUAGGCCCAAAACAAAUUUAACAAAACAGUGGGCCUCUUUUGAUACAUAUUGUAGUAUGAGACCAUUUGGAAUUUUUGAAAGUGCCAUAGGGGAAUACUCAAUUAGUUUACUAAGUAGGUUUAGAUACAAAGUUUGUGCCAUUUCAGCAGAUGCUAGAACUUACGAGGAAAAAGGAAAUCUAACAUUUUGCAUAUCGACAAGAAAUGUUCCUCAUAUCCAUUUUUUGUAUGUCUAAUUAUUUAGAUUUUAACUAAAAUGUUCUGUAUA